GCAGUCAGUUAUAGUCUGCCACAACCCUUUUAUGUUUUGUACAACCCUUGGUGUUCCAGAGACCAAGUUUACAUGGCAGAUGAUGCUUUAAGAGAAGAAACAGUAAUGGCAGAUACAGGACUAAUUUGGAGAGGAUCCUACAACAGAUUAAGACCUACUGUUUGGAAAUAUGCCCAAUUCGAAAAAGACAUCCUGGAUUGUGCCUUGUAUCUCAUCACUCACGUAUCAAAGUUGAAAGGGGCUUCCAGAGGUGACCCUGUUCUAGUUUCUAGAGCCCUUUGUGGAGCUGUCAAUAGUGCUGAUGAUAAUGGAGUGGUACAAGGAAAUUGGUCAGAUGAUCAUGGUGGUGGUACACCACCAACAAAGUGGAUUGGAAGUAUGAAAAUUAUGCAGGAAUAUUAUAAGAAAAAGAAACCUGUGAAGUAUGGACAAUGUUGGGUUUUUGCUGGAGUACUUUGUUCAGCCCUAAGGACUUUAGGAAUCCCAUCAAGGGUCAUCACAAACUACUCCUCAGCCCACGACACUCAGGCAAGUUUGACUGUCGACUAUUUUGUGGACGAAAAAGGAGAAGUUAUGGAAGAACUCAAUUCGGAUUCCAUUUGGAAUUAUCAUGUAUGGAACGAGGCCUGGAUGGAUCGGCCAGAUCUGUACCCGGCCUAUGCCUAUGGAGGUUGGCAGGCGGUCGACGCGACACCUCAAGAGUUAUCCGAAGACAGUUUCCGAUGCGGCCCUGCAAGUGUCAUUGCCGUUAAACAAGGCGAAAUUAAAAGGGCCCACGAUACUGCGUUUUUGUACGCCGAAGUCAACGCAGACAAGGUAUUCUGGAGAUAUGCAGGACCAACACAACCAUUAAAACUUUUACGAAAAGACAUGUACGGAAUUGGACAACUGAUUUCAACAAAAGCUGUCGGAAAAUGGGAACGAGAAGAUGUUACACAUACUUAUAAAUAUCCAGAAAAAUCCGAAGAAGAACGUGCCAUAAUGUUGAGGGCUUUGAGAAACGCCGAAAGCAUUUUCUCAAGAUAUUAUUUAAACGAAGACUUUAAUGACGUCAGAUUUGACUUCGAGCUCCUCGACGACAUCAAAAUUGGCGAAAAUUUUGCUGUUGUUUUAAAAAUUGAAAAUCGCAGCGGAAUUACUGCUCAUAGAGUAACUGGAUUUUUGAGAGUCGACACUGUUUUGUAUACUGGAAAAGUUAAAGGCGAAGUUAAAUUGUUACAAUUCACUAGAGACAUUUUGCCGAGUACAACAGACGAAGUAAGAAUGGAUGUAUCAUUUGAUGAAUAUUUUGGACGUUUGAUAGAUCAGAGUGCCUUCAACAUAUCAUGCAUGGCCAAGAUACAGGACACAGAUUACGAAUAUUAUGCCCAGGAUGAUUUCCGUGUAAGAAAACCUGAUAUCAAAAUUAGACUGGGUGGAUUACCCACCACUGGAAUUCCACUAGAGGUUUCCUUAAGACUGACAAAUCCAAUGCCGAUUGCAUUGAAAAAAGGAGUUUUUAUCGUCGAAGGUACAGGACUGGAGCAGCAGUUGAAAAUUAAGUUAAAACAGAAUAUCGAACCAGGCCAAACCCACAUCGAGACCUUCAACCUGACUCCACCAUAUUCUGGCAGGAGCACACCAUAG